AUAGAAAUUUUCAUCCCAAGCAUACACAGACGAACGCCCUCUUACUCUUAACUAAAACCCCUAAAAAAAACCUUGAUUUGAUUUGGGUCCUCUGGGAUUGUGAUUCAAGACAUGGAUAAUUCGCGUCCGAACCUGCUGGAGGAAGCGCUAGUGGAGGAUGGCAUCGGCAGUGUAAAGAUCCAAAAGCGGGGGCGAGUGGUGGUGGUGGAGGAUUGUGUUGAGACCAGCGCCGCUUUCGUGCUCCACCAUUUCCUUAAGCGCUCUCUCCAACCUGACUCCUCUGAUGUCGUCGUUUUCAUCGCCUUUGCCCACCCUUUCUCUCACUACGAACGCAUUCUCCGCAAAAUGGGUUGCAACUUAGCUGUGCAGAGGAAGAAUCAGAGGUUCUUAUUUCUUGACAUGCUUAUACUGGAGUGUCCAGACAGAAAUGGAGGGGAAGCAAAAGAAGAUGGAUUGCUUACAUUGUACGGGGAAAUUGAGAAAGCAGUAGAAAUAUAUUCGUCGCUUGAAGGCAGUAGAACCAUUACAAUUAUGAUUGAUGACGUCUCCCUUAUGGAAGUGGCGGCUAAUGGUUCAUCAAAUCACAUGUUGGAUUUUCUGCACUACUGCUACACUUUGAAAGCAAAAUAUGGCUGUUCCCUUGUUACUCUUAAUCACAAGGAUAUCUAUUCCAGUGCAAAUACACUGCCAUUGAUCUUGCAACUGGAGUACCUUGCGGAUGUGAUAAUCAAGGCAGAACCUUUGGCAACUGGUUUAGCAAGUGACGUGCAUGGGCAGCUGACCGUUUUAAAUAAGGGAAGUGCUUGUGACUUGGGAAGCUCAAAUUCUAAGGUUCGCAAUUUUCACUUUAGGGUCAAGGAAAAUAACGUAGACUACUUCUACCCGGGAACUCAGACUUGAAGAGAUGUCCUGUUCAUUGAAUUUGAACGUUGGCCAACAUAUCAAGUUAAGUAAUUGAUGUCCUAAAGCACUGGCCGAAAAUCUAAGGCGAUUUAAACCUUGUUUCAUCUCUUUGCUGAUUGGUUAGCAUAUGCUAAAGUAAAUUAUAUACCAGCUAUGGAAGACCAAGAAGCGAGGAGCAAACUAUAUUUAUCCGUGAUCGAUGGCAAUUGGCAAAGCCUCCUGACGUGGUUAUCUUGCUAUAAAGGCAUUUAAAACUUAGUAGAAAACAAAUUUUACCUUGCAGUUUUGCCCUUCUUGCCCUUGUAUGUUGAUGCCCCCAUUCAAGUUUAGAGAGUUACUCCUGAGUUUUAUUGAUAUAGGAAUUCAGUUGCUUUCUGUUAUGUUGAACUGCCUCUUUUCUUACGUCAAGCUUUGUAGAGACAAAAUUUUGGUUCUUUACGCCAUUUCAAUGGACUCUACUCAGUUUGGAACUUCUUCAUUUCUCUUAGAAAAUUACUGCACAACUCUUUGAUGAUUUUCAUAUGCUAUGUGAAUGUGAUAAGCUAUGGUGUAUGUUUAAGUGUGUAAGUGAAAACGAGAGAAAGUUUAUGUAAAUUCCCAAUUAUUUAAUUUAUGUACUGUUGACUUCAAAAUACUUUAUACAUUAUUCAAUCACUUCAGCGUCAAAUACAUACCAGAUAAGUCAUUUUUUUUCCCGCCCGAAUUAUCUGGAAAGAGGGAAACAAACGUACUAAUGUUGGCAUAAAUUGUUAGUGUAAAAAUUCUUUAUGUUGGCAAAUACAUGAUGUAAAAUCCUUAGACAAAUCUAUAUAUAUCUAUAAUUGAGGGGCCUAACGUUGUUACGUGGCGCUCCAAUUCAAUAGGGACUGCAAUUAUCUUUUUCUAUGAUUUUUUGCUAUUUUCUCUAAUUUUUCACUAUCAAAAACCAAAAGUCACCCUAAACCAAAAAUAUACAACGCUUCAAAAAUAACUGUUUCUUUUCCUUCCAACAGAUGCUUUACUCUCUCUGUUUCCUUUCCUCCCUCUAUCUCAGUAUUCAUCCUCCUUUAUCUUUCUAUUUUCCUAUUGUUCUUUUCGUUUGCCUUUGUUAAAAUUCUUUAUACUCUUUCUCCUCCCUCUUUUUUAUUCUACACUGCUUUUGCUUCACGCUUGUUGAUUUACUUUAAUUCCUCUACUAAUCUCUAAACUCUUUCCUCACAGUCAUUUCCAAUUUGCGUUUUCCAGUUACUUUCACUUUAAUUUUUAAUUCCCCUCUGACUUUGAUUCACUCCUUUGUCACCAUAACAACUGCUUAUUUUGACGCCCAUGAAGUGUUCGAAAAUAUGCCCAAUACCUUACCCACGGAUUCAGGAAAUGCUGCAAAUUUACUCAACACUUGCCACAUAACAACGGCUUAUGACACCAUGAAGUGCUCGAAAAUAUGCCCUAUAGGUUGACCUUGCCCAUGGAUUCAUGAAAUGCUGCAAAUUUACUCAACAUUUGCCGGUUGAUAGAUGGUAGUUUAAACCAACAAAAGGCCGUGAAAAAAUUCAGUUUGACCUUUCUCCAUUCGUAUUUGAGGUACGCUCCGGAGAUUCUUAACUUAUUUGCUUUUUGCAUAAGGGUGUAAAGAUUCUAAUAUAAAUAACUUUUUCAAAAUUGAUAACUGAGGGUGUGUCCGAUAUGGAGUACAAGAAUUUUGCUUUACUGAUACUUUUAAUGGUAAAAGUGUUCGUCAACGAUGUCUACAAAUGUUGAUUGUAGUUUGCUGAUAUGGAGCUUAAACUAUAUUAGACUGUCAUUAUAACCUCAAAUAUUGGUGUUCAAACUCAAAGCAUUACGAACUGAUUUUCAAAAUAAGAUCGUCUUGACGUAGACACUGAAACACGUAACUUAGAAGGCUAAAGAAAAAAUAAAACUCAAGGUCAGAGAGCAUUAAUGGGAGGUUAUAAAGUUAAUAGUACUCCAAAAUUGCCAAGAACCAAACAAAAUUAACAUAUUUUCCUAUAAAACCUUAUGAUACUGAACUUUUGGUUGAUGCCCUCCUCUGUUAUGCUGUAAUUUUGGUUAGCAAUAUAAGGACUACGCCUCCUAAUGGCGUAAAUUAUAUU